GCAGCCGUUCAUUCACAGUGCACUGGAUGUAAGUAGAACUCGCCCCUGGCAGCUGAAGAUGACGUUACUAUGGAAACAGUUUUUGCUGCUAUCAAUCAUGGAGUGUCUUGCAGAUUGUCUGGAUAAUAAAGUCUUUAAUGGCCCAAAAUGGCGGAUGGAGCCCAGUGAUCUGACAGUGGGUUCGCUGGAUGAAGAAGCCACACUUACUUGUGAUGCAAAGGCCAUUCCUGCCCCUCAAUACAGGUGGUCUCUGAACGGCACAUUGAUUAAUCUCAGGACUGAUUCACGUCGGCGGCUAUCUGGAGGGAACUUGGUCAUUAGGAGUCUGGACCGGGCCCAAGAUGGAGGGAUAUAUCAGUGCACUGCUUUCAACCCACUGGGAGCAAUUCUCAGCAGGAGAUCUAGCCUCCAGUUUGCAUACUUGAAUUUAAAAACUCAAACAAAAAGUGCUGUGUCUGUGCGAGAAGGCCAGGGGGUAGUUUUACUUUGUGGUACACCAUCGUAUGCUGGAGAUCUCUCAUUUGCAUGGGUUUUCAACGAGUACCCUUACUUUGUGCAGCAAGACAAUCGACGCUUUGUUUCUCAGGAGACGGGAAACCUUUACAUUGCCAAAGUGGAGCCCUCGGAUGUGGGUAACUACACGUGCGUGGUGGUAAACCGCAUCACUAAAGGCAAAGUUCUCAGCUCCCCGACCCCUCUGGUACUACGAACAGAUGGUGUAAUGGGCGAAUAUGAGCCAAAAAUUGAGGUUCAUUUCCCUGACAUGGUCCCGGCUGCAAAGGGAUCAAUUGUGACGCUUGAGUGUUUUGCUUUGGGAAACCCAGUUCCAGAGAUAACCUGGAGGAGAGCGAAUGGAGUUCCAUUUCCCAGCAAGGUAAAAAUGAAGAACUCUAAUGUCAUCCUGGAGAUUCCCAGUUUCCAGCAGGAGGACGCUGGAGGAUAUGAAUGUGUGGCAGAAAACAAGAUGGGAAAGAACAUGGUGCAAGGACGACUAUCUUUCCACGCAAAACCUCAAUGGGUGCAGACGAUGCGAGACAGUGCUUUGUCAAUUGAAGAGAGAUUGUUUUGGGAGUGUAAAACCAAUGGGAAACCCAAACCUUCAUACAGCUGGCUGAAGAAUGGAGAACUAUUGGCAGUUGAGGACAGGAUACAGAUAGAGAAUGGAGCUCUGACGAUCAGCUCUGUAAGCCUCUCAGAUGCUGGCAUGUAUCAGUGUGUAGCUGAGAACAAACACGGAAUCAUUUAUUAUGGUGCAGAGCUGGUGGUAUUGGCCUCGCCCCCAGACUUCUCCAGAAGCCCUCUCAGACCUCUGCUUAAAGCCAAGGCAGGCAGCACAGUCACAAUGGAGUGCAGGCCACAGGCCUAUCCCACAGCUAUCAGCCUGUGGAGGAAAGGCAACGAACCACUGCAGAGCACUGACAGGAUAAUUUUCCUCCCUGAUGGAACACUUAGAAUCACAAACGUGACCAAGAUAGAUGGUGGGACCUACUCAUGCUUGGCUAGAAACCAGUUUGGUGCAUCCAGCACUACGGGAAGAUUGCUGGUUACAGAUCCCACACAAAUCACCCAGGGUCCAGUGGACAUGGAGAUCAUUGUCGGGGAGAGCAUCAUCCUGUCCUGCCAGAUCUCCUGUGACCCUGCUCUAGACGUGUCUUUCUCUUGGGCCUUCAAUGGGCAGCUCCUCAACAAACUAGACCAACAUUAUGAUCAUGUGGGUGGGAGCACAUCUGGAGAUCUGAUGAUACGAAAUAUACAGCUGAAACAUGCCGGAAAAUAUGUCUGUGUUGUCGACACAGAUGUCGAGAGUCUAUCAGCUUCUGCUAUUUUAAUUGUGAAAGGUCCCCCAGGAGCUCCAGAUGGCGUUACAGUGGAGGAGAUCACAGACAGCACAGCUCAGCUAUCUUGGAGACCCAGCCAGGACAACGGCAGCCCCAUCACAAACUAUAUCAUCCAGGCAAAGACAGCUUUCACUGUGGGAUGGCAGGCGGUGAACACGGUCCCAGAGGUGAUUGACGGGAACACAUUGACGGCGACACUAGUGGAUCUGAAUGCAUGGGUGGAAUUUGAGUUCCGAGUGCUGGCCAGAAACAGCGUCGGCAUGGGGGGACCAAGUCCAGCUUCUUUUAAGACCAGAACCGAAGAUGCAGUUCCUGACACAGCCCCCGCCAAUGUCGGAGGGGGAGGUGGUUCCAAGUCAGAGUUAGUAAUAACAUGGGAGCCUGUGCCUGAGGAACUGCAAAAUGGAGACGGUUUUGGCUACAUCAUCGCUUUACGGCCACUUGGAGAGGUCAACUGGACACACGCUGUCACCUCCACACCAGGACAGUCCCGUUUUGUGUACCGGAAUGAGAGCAUUCCACCCUUUUCUCCAUUUAAUGUGAAAGUGGGUGCAUACAACACCAAAGGCCAGGGACCUUUCAGCCCCGUCACCAUUGUGUUCUCCGCUGAGAAUGAGCCCAGUGGUGUUCCAGGAGGAGUGUGGACCAAAAGCAUUUCUGCCACUGAAAUUGGCGUGAGCUGGAACAUUCUCACUACUUCCCCAGAAAGAGUAUUGGGCUAUGAGGUGGUGUACUGGGAGGAUGAUACAAAACCGGAGACCAUGGGCAAAGUCAGAGUGUCCGCCAAUCAGAACAAGGUUAACGUCAGUGGUCUGAGAGCAUACACUCAGUAUUUCCUGACAGUGAGUGCUUUCAACACGGCAGGAACUGGUCCUCUCUCGCCCACAAUCAAUGUGACUACUAAGAAGUCCCCGCCGGGGCAACCACCUUUGAAUGUGGAGUGGAACUUGAUUGGCUCUAAGCUCACUGUUCAUUGGGAGCCUGUAAUUCCUCUGGAAAUGGAGUCAGAGGUUACUGGGUAUCAAGUGUCAUACAGAAGGAACAGACAUAAAGAAAUUAACACAAUAACAACAAACCUGACCUCAGUGGAGCUCACUUUACCUGCUGACGAUGAUUACAUCAUUCAGAUCCGAGCGCUGAGUGACGGAGGAGAAGGCACAGCCACCAAACCCAUCAACAUCCAUAAACUAAGUAUGAGUGUACGAGGAUCCAGAGCCUGGAGACCCAAUACCAUCCCCAUCUCCUUGCUUUCUAUUAUUGCAUUGUGGACAGUGAGACCAGCUUUGUGUUAA